AUGGGCGCCGCGAGGAUCUCACGCCUUCGAUGGACAGUACCUCCUGCGGCCCUCGCUGCAUACACUGCGGGGGAAUGGAAUCGACGCAUUCCGCAGAGCGCUCCCUUUACGACCACUCCUGCUUGGUGUGAGGCCAAUUCCAAGUCUCGGAGCGAUCCUUCACGAGAAAAGGGAAGCCCCGAACACAGCGACCAGGAUUCCGUAUGGUUCAAGCUCACGCAGAAGCUCGACAAUGUCAAACAUACUGUUGGAGCUGGAUCUUGGGGAGACCUAGGAGGGAACAUUACCGAGCAUAUCAUGCCCGAUUGGGCGCGAUUCCUCCCAGCUACGGCUCAAAAACUCCAGCGGGAGCUUUCAAUGUCACCGGGGUCGCUAGCAGAUGAAAUUUGGAAGGAGUCGCAUGAUCCAGAUAUCAACCCGGAGAUCUUGAGGGAUGCCGAGGUACGAGUGAGCAGUGACCUUUGCAAGGAGGAGCUCGAAUUCAGAAAGAACCGCCAGCACCGGACGAGGAAAGCAUUGGCUUCCUACUUGGAUAUCCCUGAAGAGGACAUUCACCCCGACGAUAUCCCAGUCAUUGCCAUGUGCGGCUCUGGUGGCGGGCUGCGCGCCCUGGUUGCAGGAACCGGGUCCUACCUGGCAGCUCAGGAAGCCGGGCUGUGGGAUUGUGUGACAUAUACGGCCGGAGUGAGCGGUAGCUGCUGGCUACAAACUCUUUACCAUUCUUCUCUCGCCGAUGGAAACUUCAAUCAGCUCGUCGAUCACCUGAAAAACCGGCUGGGUGUGCACAUUGCUUUCCCACCAGCAGCACUUAAUCUGCUAACCACCGCGCCUACCAACAAGUUUCUCCUCAGUGGCUUAGUUGAGAAGCUGAAAGCAGACCCCGGUGCGGACUUUGGAUUAGUAGACAUUUAUGGUAUGUUGCUUGCCGCACGACUUUUGGUUCCUCGUGGAGAGCUAGGCGUGUGCGAUCGGGAUCUUAAGAUCUCUAACCAGCGUGUCAAUUUGUUGGAUGGUGCGCAUCCCAUGCCUAUCUACACGGCGGUUCGCCAUGAGAUUCCUGUAUUGGCUGAAGAGGUCCAAAAGGAUAGACAUCAAAUGCCGGAAGAUCUGAUGAAAGAAGCCAAACGGGAGUCUUGGUUCCAAUGGUUUGAAUUCACUCCAUACGAGUUUUUUUGUGAGGAACUCAAUGCUGGAAUUCCUACAUGGGCGCUGGGACGGCACUUCAAUGACGGGCGUAAUGAGAUGCCUUCCCACGUCUACCCUAUUCCCGAGUUGCGGGUUCCUGGGCUGAUGGGAAUCUGGGGCAGUGCCUUCUGUGCAACGCUCUCUCACUACUACAAGGAGAUUCGACCUUUGGUCAAAGGUCUUGCUGGAUUUGGAGGAAUCGACAGUCUUAUCCAGGGCAAGAAUGAGGAUCUCAUUCGAGUGCACCCUAUUGAUCCCGCGGCUAUUCCAAAUUAUGUCAUGGGCAUGAAAGACAGACUGCCGGCUUCUUGUCCAGAGUCUAUAUUCCAGGACAAGCACUUGCGUCUUAUGGAUGCUGGCAUGAGCAACAACUUGCCCAUUUACCCGCUCAUUCGACCCGGCCGAGAUGUGGAUGUUAUUGUCGCAUUCGAUGCCUCCGCCGACAUAAAACAAGAAAACUGGCUCUCCGUCGUGGAUGGAUACGCACGACAGCGGGGCAUCAAGGGCUGGCCCAUCGGUGCAGGCUGGCCUCGAGCAACCGAGACCCUGGCAGAGACGGAAAAGGCUCUGCGUGAGCCCCAGAACAUGGCAGGCGAGCAAGCCAACCAGAAGAUUGUCGAGUCACAGAAUCACCAGGGAGGUGCAUCGAAUAAAAACAGUCCCCAAAGCGCUGCUGAUUCGGAUCUUGGAUACUGCAAUGUCUGGGUCGGCACUCAAGAAGAGCGCAUCUCAAAUGACGAACCCCCACCUUCAAAGCGUCUCUUCCAUCCCGACCACGCCGAAGACCACUCCGAGUCCGACUUCCACCUAAUGAGACCUGAAGCUGGCAUCGCCGUCGUCUACUUCCCUCUCAUCCCCAAUCCUUCCGCCCCUAACCUCCCUCCAGCCCGCAAGACUCGACCCCUCGCAGCAGCCCAUUCCAUUCAACAAUCACAAAAUCAAACCAAAGACCCAGCCGACCCGAUUGCACCCCAACCCAACUCAAUUGACCCCGACGUGGACGAUUUCUUGUCCACAUGGAACUUUAUCUACACGCCCGAGCAGAUUGACUCUGUCGUGGGAUUGGCGAAAGCGAAUUUCUCCCAGGGCAAGGAUCAGCUUCGUCGGGUCGUGCGUGCGGUUUAUGAGCGGAAGAAGUCUGAUCGGCUGCGUCGGGAGGACGAGGAGUCGCGGAAGCACAUGGAGGGCUUUGUGCCUUUGUAG